GUAGGAAGUAGAUGGUUGGUUUGGACGAUCAAUUUUCGACGUAAAAAAAAAUAAAAAAACAACAUAUGCGCUCAAUUUCGUGUAAUUUGGUUUCGGGUUAAUCUUCAAAUAGUUUUUACUCAAUUAUAGUGUGAAUUACACGUAUUAUCGGCAGUUGAAUACGGCAAAUUGCUCUCGGGUCUUUUGAUUAAUGUCAUUAGCUCUUUAAACUAAUUUUGGUACUUUAUAUACGGGAUUUGUUUAUGUACAAUUAGUACGCGACCUUCGGUAAUCGGUUGUUUUUUUUUUAUUUUUUGGUUUUUCUGCAACUUUAUCCGGGUUCCCGCUGCGAGUGUUAGUGUUCCGGUAAAUGACCCAAAAGAACAAUCGGUUACAAGUGCAUUACGGUUUUUAUAUAGUGCUCAUCUAACGUCGGGGACGUAAUAUAGGUUGGUCAAAGUGGAAAACAAACCGUUUACCACGUUAAAUUUUACGGAUCUCGGUUCCCCGUUUGGGGGACCCAACGAGGACCCACCCGGUACACCGACGAUGUCGAGCGAUCCUCACUUGGGACCACCGACUCCUCACGACUCGAAUAACUCCACACCGGUGUCGAAAAGUGCUUUUAUCGAAUUACAACAACACGGUUAUGGGCCGUUACGUACUUCGUAUCAACAUCAUUUUAAUACGCCGUCGGCGAACGCCCAUUCUGGACCGCCGACCCACGAUACCGGGUUCCCUAGUCCCAGGAGUGCUUUAGGUGCUUACCCUUUUCCGCCUAUGCAUCAGAACUCUUAUACUGGAUACCAUAUAGGUUCUUAUCCGACUAAUUGUCCGCCUUCUCCUAAGGAUGACGAUAAAUGUUUGUCUUUGGAGCGGCCCUCCGGCGGUGGAAAAGGGAAAAAGAUGCGAAAACCGCGCACAAUUUACUCGAGUCUUCAGCUACAGCAAUUGAACAGACGCUUUCAGCGGACACAGUACCUGGCCCUACCCGAAAGGGCGGAAUUAGCAGCUAGUUUAGGUUUAACACAGACACAGGUGAAAAUAUGGUUCCAAAACCGUCGCAGUAAAUACAAGAAAAUGAUGAAGGCGGCCCAAGUAACCGGCGGUACCAACAACAACUGUAACUCCGGAUCCCAUUCUGGACUGUUGGGAGGUAGCGGGAAUCUCCCGUCGUCAAGUCCCGGACCCCAAAGCCAAAACAUGAUGCAAGGUAGGAUUAAGCUUGAAGGUGGGGGCGGUUCGUCUAGCGGAUCGCCGGCGGCGGGCGGCUACAUGCAACACCCGAGCCCGACGCCCAGUUCGACGCCGGGGUCGGACAUGUCGGGACAACCGGCGCCGAGUCCCGUGGGCGGUUGGGACGUCAAACCCCAACAGCCGGUGCACCCGCAUCCUCCGCAUCCCGCGCCCCAUCCGCAUCCCCCUACACACAACUACCUCCCACAGUACUCGUGGUAUCCGACGGAUAAUCCCGGCCUACUUACGGUGUGGCCGGCGGUUUAAUAUACACCGGAAGAUUAGUUACUAAUUAGGAAUUUUGUACCCUAUUAACAAAGAAGAAACUGUGACCAGUGAUUUUUGUAUGUUAUCUUUAUUAUUGUUGAAUUUGAUUGUUUUUCUUAUGUGUAAUAUAAUGGAGCGUAGAGAUCUCAGAGGUUAUAAUGAUGUUUUUCACUUUUACCAGUUCAAACUGCUGUUGCACUGGUAAGAAAAAAAAUACAAAAAAAAACACGUGUAAAAUAGUUUUUAGUUGAUAAAUGAUUUCGGUGCAAUAUAAUAAUAAUCAUUUAUACGAAACAAACAAAAAAAAAUGUUUUUCUGUAUUGUAUGUUUGUUUAAUUAAUAUUUUUUUUCUUUUUAAAUAAAAUAACUGACACACUGUUAUCUGCAUAUACGUAUAGUGUUCAGGAGCCUUCUUCCAAAGAUCAUAAGAGUAAUUCGAAUCGAGUAUUGUAAUUUUUUAUAUAAUAAUAUAAAUAAUGUGAAUAAUAAUUAUAAUUAUUUAGAUUUAUAUAAUGAAUAAUUAUUAUGUCGUUGUAAAUAAAUAAAUGUAAAUUAUUCGUCAUUCUUAGGAAGCACCCUGGAGUUUUUUCUUUAUUUUUAUUUUUUUUCUGGCAUUUUUGUUGUAAUAUAAAUAGUUACGGUGGCUAUGACUCUAAGAAUAAAUAAAUGAAUCUAAUAUGAAUUUA